AUGAGGAACCGGGCCUGAAUGAGAAUUUUGACCGACUACUGGCGGAAACUCUAGAGGAGGAGCUGACGAAAGAACUCGUCCCCGCCCUCGGACCCGCAGUCUCAAGAAUUCGUGGGCGGCUGGCGGGAAUCAUACAGUUGUGCAAGAAGAGAGCGUUCGAAAUGUCAAGCAAAAAAAAUAAAGCGCAUCCAUCGAAUUCAUCAGGGAGUUGUGGAAGGGCCACGCCCUCGACGGGUUCGGACUUAGGGCCUCUGUCUUUACUGGACCGAGAUGAGGGAGCUCACCAAUUGUCUCUCGUACAAGAUAACCGGGGUGGGAUUGCUUCACGUCCAGCAUCUGCCGGGAAAGCGCCACUUCCCAAUAACGACCACUUUGAGGUUGUGCGUCCUCUGGGCUUUCCGCCUACCGCAGAGGACACGCCGCCAUUAUCGAUGUUUGAUCGAGAAGAACAACCAAAGGCCGAGGUGGCAAAUUCCCUUAGUACUAGCUGGAUUUUAGUUGAAGAUCACAGUGAAACGUAUGAGCCUGACGCCCGGAAAUUGAGCGAUGCAGAGCAUCAGUGGGAGUUCAGUGUGGAAAACGGGGCAAAAGGCAAGUAUCUCUUUCACCUGCCCGGGGAAUACCCAUUCCCUUUGAAGCCCGAUAUAGAUUUUGACAGUUUAUCGGAUGAUAUCUAUACCCAGUUUCUUCAUUUCGACUAGAACGAAAGCCCUCGUCAUAGGGCUAGAACGACAGGAGGUCAUGGAUGUCAAGACGUUUCUUUAUGGCAACGUGCAAAAGAGUACAUUUGGGCACGGGUCCGGUCAUAAUGCGAAGUCCGGGCCUUUAUGCACGAGUCUGAAGCGCAAUCUGUUUCCAGGAUUACUUUCCUCUCCCUUACUCUCAAUAAAUUCCCUUCGACGCCAAAUAUUU